AUGGCACAGAAUAAGGGGUCUAAUGCUCUCAUUCAACAACUACUGAAAGCAGAAGAAGAAGCAGAUUUAGUAAUUAAAAAAGCAAAAGAUGUAAGAGCAAAAAUGUUAAAAGAAGCUGAAACAACAGCAUCAGAAGAGUUGAAAAUUUUUAGAGCAAAAGAAAAAGAACGUUUAAAUAAAGGACAUAAAGAAAAAUCUAGUGCUGAAGAUGAGGUUGUAACAAAAAUAGAACAGAAUACUAAGGAAGAAAUAAAAAAAUAUAAAGAAUUAUUUAAAAAAAAUAAAGAUGAAGUAGCUCAAUAUAUAUUUGAUAAGGUGUUCACUGUUGAUUUAACUGUACCAGAUUGCACACAAAAAUCCAUUUUAUAUAAACAGAAUAUUUGA